UAUUAGAUAUAUAUAUAUAAUAGCUAUGAUUAGCGACAGAAACCAAUCGGCAGAUUCCCACCAUACGGCAAAGUGACAAGCAGAGAGACAGGCGCAAAUUCUAACAUAUUGAAAGCUCUCUAUCACGUGGUCACCAUGAUACAUCCUGCUGUGGCAGUCCUCUUGUUGGCCCUGGUCCAGCUGACCACACAGCAACCUCCUGGUGUCCCACCCAAACAGCACAACCAGCCCCCACAUCAGCAGCAGCACAACCAGCCCCCACAGCAUCACCAACAACAGCAGCACCACCAGCAACAGCAGCAGCACCAACAACAACCCCAGGCCCAUGAAGAACACGGCCACCAUGGGAAACCUUUACAGUUUGCAUCAGAGGUGCACAAUGCUGACCACAUCCUGGAGCACCUUGAGAAGGUGGUGGCCACCAAGUCCAAGGACCAGAUGACAGAAGAGGAGCUGGAGUUCCACUACUUCAAGCUGCACGACUACGACAACAACAACAAGCUGGAUGGGGUGGAGAUUGGCAAGGCUUUGACACAUUUUCACGAUGAGAAUGACAAGGGCAGUGAUGAGAACAAGAAAAUCUUUGAAGACUCUGAGAUCUCCAACAUUGUGGACUCUGUGAUCCAGGAGAAUGAUGAGAACAAAGAUGGCUACAUCGAGUACUUUGAGUUCAAGCGCAGACAGGCCACACAGAAGGAGGAGCGUUCCAAGAGUCCGCCACCCCCAGAACAUUAACACAAUCC